AUGGAAAAAUUUCAAUAUGGAAAAUUUGAUUCCAACGAUCAACCACCUCCAUUACUUGUAAAACACCUUCAAAAAGAUCAUAUGGUUGCCACAGCGGCUCAAAAACUAUGUUUUUUCAAGCUUUUUCCUAUCAUUUUCAAUGAUAUAGUUGAUCUUUUACCUUCAUUUAUAGUAUAUAAAGUAUUACGAGAAAUACUUGACCUGAUAUUAUCAUAUCCAUUUCGAAAAAAAUGGCUACAUGUACUCGGUGAAUUAUGUGAUACUUUCCAUGAAACAAUGCUAAGUCAUUUUCCAGAUAAAAUAAAACCAAAGGCGCACUUUAUUCGAGAAUACAAAUACAUGAUCAAUGAUUUUGGUCCUGCCGUUAAACAAUGGUGCUUUAGAUACGAAGCUAAUCAUUCAUACUUCAAGAAAAUAGCAGUUCGAACGAGCAAUUUCAAAAACAUUCCAAAGAUGCUUGUCACACGUUAUCAUUUAAAACAAUGUUUAACUUUUGGUCAUUUAUCUCGAUUACAAUCAACUCAAUAUCCAAUUGGAAUUAAAAAAGUUCGAAGUACUUGUUUUGAUUCACUAAUGAAAGAUAUUUUAUUGAAACAUUUCAAUCAUAUUGAUUUUGAGAAAGAUUUAUAUCAAUGCAAUACACUAAUUUAUGAUAACGUUGAAUAUCGUCGAUGUGGAGUAUAUGUUAUAGAUUUAAAGCCAUCUCAUGAACAACCAAUAUUUGCUCAAACUAUUAUGAUUAUAAAAAAGAAUGAAAAAUGGUGGUUAUUAGUUGAUAUUCUUGAUACAAUUUGUUAUGAUGAAAAAUUAUCUGCAUGGCAAAUACAAUCUUUAGCUCGAUAUUCUAUGAUUGAUCCAAAUGAUUUAGUAUAUUAUUACAAAGGAUUGGAUAUUUACACGGUGAACAAUUUGAGUUUUGUUACAUUUAUAUCACGUCUAACAUUACAUUAA